CCCCCGCCCCCGGCAGUAGGCCUGCCCCUGCCCCCCAUGCCGCCCAGUGGGCCUGCGUCCUCAGGGCCCCCGGGCCCUCCUCAGCUGCCCCCACCGGCUCCCGGUGUCCACCCCCCAGCACCAGUGGUCCACCCCCCAGCGUCUGGAGUGCACCCCCCAGCUCCUGGGGUCCACCCCCCGGCACCAGUGGUCCACCCACCAGCAUCUGGGGUCCACCCCCCUGCUCCAGGGGUCCAUCCCCCAGCCCCGGGGGUCCACCCUCCAGCGCCAGGGGUCCACCCUCCAGCUCCCGGGGUCCAUCCUCCCCCAUCUGCUGGGGUUCACCCCCAGGCCCCAGGGGUGCACCCACCAGCUCCUGCAGUUCACCCCCAGGCCCCGGGGGUGCACCCACCAGCUCCUGCAGUUCACCCCCAGGCCCCGGGGGUCCAUCCACCAGCUCCCGGGGUCCACCCCCCAGCCCCCGGGAUCCACCCCCAGCCUCCUGGGGUCCACCCCCCACCUCCUGGGGUCCACCCAUCAGCUCCUGGGGUCCAUCCUCCAGCUCCUGGGGUCAAUCCCCACCCUCCUGGAGGGAAAACUCGUCAAGGACAGUCUUGA